AUGACUAAACUCACUGUUGCUGUAUGCCAAUGUGCUUGUCAACAAUUUGAUUUUGAUAAAACAUUAGCACAUCUUCAGAAAUAUAGUAAAGAAGCUGCUUCAAAAGGUGCACAACUUGCUUUAUUUCCCGAAGCAUUUAUCGGUGGUUAUCCACGAUAUUCAGAUUUCGGUGCUACAAUUGGAAAUCGUACUGAUGGGGGACGAGAACAAUUUCUUACUUAUCAUCAGGCAGCAAUGCCUCUCAAAGAUGGAAAUGAAAAAUCGACUGAAUUACAAAAAAUAGAACAAAUAGCUCGAACUAAUAAUCUAUUUCUUAUUAUUGGUAUUAUUGAACAAGAUGGAGGAACACUCUAUUGUGCAGUUAUUUAUAUUCAUCCUGAGCAUGGUCUUAUUCAUUCACGAAGAAAACUUAUGCCCACUGGAACAGAACGACUUAUUUGGGGUUUUGGUGAUGUGAAAGAUGUGAAGGCAGUUCCAUUUGAUAAAAAUAUAUUGAUGGGAGCAGCAAUCUGCUGGGAAAAUUAUAUGCCUCUACUUCGAUAUCAUAUGUUUUCGCAAAAUAUUCAAGUUUAUUUAGCUCCUACAGCUGAUGGACGAGAUACAUGGGUACCUAGUAUGCGACAUAUUGCUAUUGAAGGACGAACUUAUGUAUUAAGUGCUAAUCAAUUUGUCAAAACAAAAGACAUGCCAGAAGGAUAUGCUUUACCAGAAGAAUUAUCCAAUCCAGAUAGUAUACUAACCAAUGGUGGAAGUGUCAUUAUUGAUCCAUUUGGUAAAAUUCUUGCUGGUCCUCUAUUUGGAGAAGAAGGUGUAUUGAUAGCUGAAAUUGACACAGAUGAAUGUAUUAAAGGUAAAAUGGAUUUUGACGUAUGUGGACAUUAUGCACGCAAAGAUGCUUUCAACUUUGAAAUCAAACAAUGA